CACACUCGUACAUACGGCGUGCGUUGAAUCAAUACAACACUCCUCGCACUCGACUGUAAUAUAUUAGUCAGCUUCGAACUUUCAGAGCAACACCUACGCGUACAAAAAAAAAAAAAAAUUAAGACGAAAAAUAGUAAAAAUCGACGCGAGUUGUAAUAAUGGUGAAAUCCAAGCUGAAAGACGUCGAGGGUAGCUUGCUGGACUUUGCCGAGUACUCGCGGAUCGAAAAUGCAGAGGAAUCGGAGCGACAGCCGGCGAAAAGUACGUCGAUCUACGACGACGAGGAGGACGCUAUUCACGAGUGCGCCAACGAUCACGUCAGCACGCGAACGAAGGAGCGUCUGAAGAACCGGGAAAAAUCGCGCGAUCCCACUAGCUUUCGGGAAGAUGUCAGCAAGUGUUUCUGCUCGUCCAAGUGUCGCUUUUUAACUGGAGGUUUUUUGCUGGUGAUUUCGGCGUUCCUGGCUGCUCUACUCCUAAUAUGGCUACUGCCGGGCGAUCUGUUCCAAAAAUUAAGCGAAAUUCACGCCGAUAAUAGGACAGAUGCCGCAGUAGCUAAUGCCACAACAGCCAAUGACACAAUAGCCAAUACCACGACGAUAAAUGAUGUCCAACCAUAAUCAGUAUUAUAUUGAUGCUCUUCAAUAUACUUUUACGGCCUUUAAUUUAAGUAUCAUAGAAUAUUAGAAAUUAUUUAAGCCAAGCAUCGAUGGAUAAUAGCGAGAAAAAAUGUUAUUACUGUAAAAUAAUAAAUUUCUUCUAUGUGUUAAGUACAGCGACUUGUCGGUAAGACCGAUAAAUAAUCACAAGUCUUGUUGAAUCUAUCAACAGAUAAAUUUAAAUAUAAAAAAAUAUUAACUCGUUUAUAUUUUUGUAUG